UGGUGUGCUGGCGUCAACACGGUUGGUCCAGUGUUCCAGUCCAUGUUUUGGCAUUCUCUCAUGCCUGGCGUGUUUCUCUGUGAGAGAAGCCGAGUCUUGUUUACAGCGGUGAUUCUACUGAGCGGAGACCGUCAGAAGAGUCGCGGAGGAGUCCGAGCGCCGCCGUGGACACUUGAGAAUCAAACACUAGGCUCACAAGCUAUUUAUAUCAAACAGUUCGUGAUUUUUUACGGUGCGGAAAACCAAAAACCCACGCUCGGGAGCUGCUCACUCUUGCAUCUCGGCAAAAUGUUUUUUUUUUCCUACCGCAAAACAGACCGACCGUGAGAGCGCGUGAAGACGGUAGGCGAGGGUGAGCAGUUGGUGAAACCAUUUUUGUCCUGCCGGAUAUUUUGGAUCGAGCGCUGUCGGGAGGCUUUCAUUCAUACGUAAAUACGCUAUCCGAGUCGUCAAGCUCUUUCAACGUGACCUCAAAAUCCCUCCGUACAUCAUCAGUAUAGCGUAGUUCAUCACACUUGGCAUACGCACAUUCGCAUAAGGUGUUUUUGUUGGAGGAGAAAGCGCUCGUUUCACUGGCCGUGCUGCGCGUCCCUCUCAGGUUUUCAAGAAAUGGAGGCUGAAGAUGCAGAUUAUCGGUCGAGUGAAAUUCGUGGCUCCCACACGAUUGCAUCAUUUAAUAGCUGGCAAGAAUAACACAGUGUUUUAAUUGAUCUUAAUGUUUCCAUUAAAGGAAAAUUAUACAAUUAUUACCAGAUAUCGUUUUUCUACUCCUUUACGAGUAACGAAAAGGAACUGUCUGCUCAUCCAAAGCGGAUUCUUCUGGACUUUUUGCUUGCUUACAAGAAGCAGCGUCGCGUUUUGCUGCGGUUUCAGCUUUUUAUUUUUUGGAAAACGGAUUUUUAGGAAUGAGAUCUGGAACAGCGAGGGAUGUUUGGACCUUAUUUUGGGGUCCUCUGCUGUUUCUCCCCACCAUCUGCCUGUGGUCUGCGCAUGGAGAAGUCUGUGGUCCCCACAUUGAUAUCCGCAAUGACAUCAGUGAGUUCAAGAAGCUGGAGAACUGCACGGUGGUGGAAGGCUACCUUCAGAUCCUCCUCAUUGGAGACAAGAACAACAACCUCAACCAGGAGCACUUUCGCACCCUGUCCUUCCCCAAGUUGACCAUGGUCACCGACUACCUUCUCCUGUUUCGAGUCUCUGGCCUGGAUAGCCUCAGCGUGCUCUUCCCCAACCUCAGUGUCAUCCGAGGACGCAACCUGUUCUACAACUACGCCCUGGUCAUCUUCGAAAUGACCAGCCUGAAAGAUAUCGGCCUCUACAACCUGAGGAACAUCACCAGAGGUGCGAUCAGAAUCGAAAAGAACCCGGAGCUGUGCUACUUGGACGCAGUGGACUGGUCACUCAUUAUGGAUGCAGAGUUUAACAACUACAUCGCUGGGAACAAGCAGUCCAAGGAAUGUGGUGAUGUUUGUCCAGGUAUCAUGGAGGAUAGCCCGCAGUGCAUUAGGACCAGCUUCAAUGACAACUACAGCUACCGCUGCUGGACCUCAAACAACUGCCAGAAAGUGAUCUGAACUGGACUUGACACUGAAGACGACAAAAUCAGUAUAUUCACA